CCAGGAUGGAAGGAAAACUCUUAAUAUACAGUCAUAUCCUCUUUAUUCUCAUGGAUUUGACAUCUGACGCUGUGACCCGACCAACUGUGCAGUGUGAGCAGAGGGAUUCUGUAGGGAUUCUACGCUGUCACAGCGAAGGAGAGAUGGGAAAGUAUCGGUGGGAGGGGCCUAAUGAUUUAUUAAGGAACUGGACCGAUCAGCCAAUAGAACUACAGGUCAGCAGCUCUGACUCCGCAUACACCUGUGUGGUGAAGAACCCUGUGAGUGAGGAGAGCAGUGAGGCCUUUCCUGCUGAACGCUGCUUUAAAGAACGUUCUGCUGUCGGUGCUCUUAUUGCUGCUGUCGUUGCUGUCGCUGUUAUUGCUGCUGUUGGUUUGAUCGCUGGGGCUUACUGUGUUUACCGCAGAAGAGCAACAGCUUUUGCUGACCAGGAGGAAGGGAGGAAGCUACCGGAGCGCAUGGGGCCUCUGUGCCAGCGGGGGUGGAAACGUAUUUGGGAACCAGACCAACAUGUAAAAGAUGAAAAAUUGAUGGAUGAGGAAUCAGCUCCACUGAAGACUAAUGAAGAUGUAAUCGUUAAACCUGUAAGUGAAAGAAAGAAGCGGUUUGAACCACCUGCAUGUAGCCCAAAUAAUGUAAAGCAUGAGCGCAGAAGUAUUCAACAGAAGGACAAGAAAAGUGAGACUGAAGCGCUAUAG